CAUUGCGCGCUGAUUGGCGUGAGCACGAAGUUUAGCAAAUCUUGAAACAAAUGAGCUACGAUUAUUAAUUAGCAUUUUGAACGUGUCAUGUAGCUACAAGCAAACUGAGUUUCUGCAGAGGUGGGUGUAAUAUUAGGCCCAUUCCUGUUCAGGGACCGAAUGUACUGCCAACGUUAGCUAUAUCCCCAGAGAACAGCAUCAGCAUGAGAAGACGAAGCUCCUGCACACCUGAGGCCCCUCUGUCUCCAAGAGAAGGCAACAAGGUUGAGUGGACCACACCAGUUUCACAGCACAUGGAGAAAACGCAGCCUCUUCUUCAUAGUUGUAACAGCAAAUCAGGGAUAUCUUCAGAAAAGUUUAACAUUGUUUCAGUGAUGAAAGACACAAAUGAAUCAGAGACGCGUAGAGCAUCCUACAGGCAUUCACAGAGGGCGUUCGACUCUGAUUGCUCCCCAAGACGUAGUGGCUCAGGAGACCGAGCUCUCGGGACAGACUACAAAUCUGAGAUGAUAGUCGAUUUGGAGAAUACUGUGGACAGACUGAAAAACGCUCUGGUGUCACUGGAGGAGGACAACCUGAGCCUCAACAAGAAGAUAAGAGAAAGCAAGGCGGAAGACAGCCCAUCUUUGACCAAUCACAAUGUCUCAGGAUCAACAAGUGGCAACAAUUCACAGGAAAUGGCUGGUGGUCACACUCACAGUCCCACCUCCAAACUCAAUACCCACCCUGCCACUUUCAACAUGGCCAAAACAUACCCAGAAAGUCAGAGGCAAGAUACACCAUCCAAGAUAGAGGAGACUAGGAUGAGAGAGAGGCUCAAAAUGGAGAGCCUAUCCUUGGAGGACCGGUGUGUUAACUUGGAGAAGGAGAAACAGGACUUGCAGAGGAAGCUGCGGAAGAUGGAGGACUACUGCAAGGAGUGCGUCUGCAAGCUCAAGAGGAUCCUCCCAAAGUACGAGGACCUUAAAGCCUUGAAUAAAACCGUGGAUAAGCGCAACAAGCACAUGGCCGCGGAGAACCGCAGACUUGUCGACGCUCUUGAGGCUGAGAGCCAGGCAGGGGAGAGAUCCAGGGAUCCCAGCCUGGCUCGGGAGCCCAAAGGUGGUGGUGACAACAGGGUGCGGGUUCAACUGGAGAGGGCCAAUGUUCGCUGCACCCAGCUCACCCAGGAGAAGGGGCAACUGGAGGACCGGAUGGCCUCGCUGGCAAGUGAGGUCAGCCGCCUCACGAACGAGCUGGAUAUGAGCUGGCCCGAGCUCCAUCGGCUGGGGGCCAGGGGGAGAAGCUCCCUUGAGGGGAGCACGACUAGGGACGGCAGCCCUCCGGCCUCGUCGGGCAGCAAACACCCGGCCGACCGCAUCCCGGGCGCUGUGGCCCAUCUCAAAGAGGAGAACAAGACCCUACGAGAGAACCUCAAACAGAGCGUCAAGAGGGGCGAGGAGGCAGAGGGCUUAGCCAAGCAGCUGAGGGAAGAGCAGGCCAUAUUGGAAAGCUGCCUGCUCACGGUGCAGAAGGAGAAAGACCUGCUACAGCUGGAGGUGCGGCAGCUCCACCAGGAGUACAUCGAGCUCAGCAGCAGCCUUUCACUGCAGCUGAGAAAGAGGAGCCCCGUCGCCAGUACCAGGAUAUUAGCAGGGUCACAUGAGGUGACUGAUGGUAUUGAUGGUGCAGCCAGGCAGCAAGAGAGUCCAAGGCAGCCUCUGAACAGCAGCCCUAUUACCAGAGAAAUGCUGGAUGGCCCAGUAGGCGGAGAGGCAAUUGACCAGAUAAGGAAGCGUUUCGAGGAGGAGGAGCAGAGAGCCCAGAGGUACAAAAACAUCAUCAAUCAGAAUGAAUGAGGCUGUAGCUGGAUCAGUGGGCCAGGCAGACUGGAUGUUGACCUCUACCUCCCAUACCACGUCCUGUGUGACAGAGGGGUCAGGAUGGGUCAAACAUACUAUAGCCUACCGUAGAGCUCUCUGCACCACUUUACCAACAAUAUGCCCUUCACAAAGUCAUGUACCAUAUGCACUGUAUAGAUUUGAAUUCCCUGAUUAUAUUAUGCUUUUCAAAAUAUUUUGUCAGUGUUAUCAUUUAUGAUGUUUUUUGUCAUCCCGGCCCUAUGUGUGGCUGUUGUGCAGCACAUGCCCCAUGGACUUUCAUUUAGAGAAGGUAAGGAUAUAUUUGGACAGCAGGGGGAGCUGUUGUAUCAUUCAUGAUCCACCUCUAUUAGGAUCUAUUGGACCUCAACAACAAAAAGGUUUAACCAAACAUUUAAGGGGUCAUCACAGUUUAUGUUGGUAGUAUGUAUGCACCAUUCAUACUAACACGUGUAAUAAACAUGCACUGGGCAUUACAAUCCAGUUGGUGAGGUUUUACGUUUGAUUCCCUUGUUUAUAGUCAGGCCUAGCAUUAUAGUGUUUGCUAUUUUGCACCCAAAGAACCAUUAAGUCAGAUGGAAACCCACCCUUUGAGUAAACACUUUAUUUGGAUAGUCAGUAGAGCAUCUACAGAUGGACUAUUUACAGACUAAGUUAACAAACUGAUCACCGACCAUUUCGAAUCCCACCGUACCU